CCGAACUUCGAGACACGAUCGAGAGAGAGAGAGACCAUGGCGAAAGGUUGCGAAGUGAGGAGGAUGAAGCUAGGAAGCCAAGGCCUUGAGGUCUCUGCGCAGGGCCUCGGUUGCAUGAGCAUAUCCUCUUUCUACGGCCCUUCUAAGCCGGAAGCUGACGCCAUCGUUCUUCUCCACCACGCUAUUGAUUCCGGCGUUACGUUCUUCGAUACCUCCAACGUCUACGGUCCUGGGACCAACGAGUUGCUCCUCGGCAAGGCUCUGAAGUAUGAUGGAGUGAGGAGGAGAGUGGAGCUUGCAACCAAGUUCGGGAUCAACUAUGGAGAGGGGAAGAGAGAGAUAAAGGGAGAUCCUUUGUACGUUAGGGCUGCUUGUGAAGCAAGUUUGAAGCGGCUUGAUGUGGACUGCAUUGAUCUCUAUUAUCAGCAUCGGGUUGAUACACGUGUCCCUAUCGAAAUCACUAUGGGAGAACUUAAGAAGCUAGUUGAAGAAGGUAAGAUUAAGUACAUUGGUUUCUCUGAAGCCUCUGCCUCAACUAUCAGAAGAGCGCAUGCUGCUCACCCAGUUACUGCAGUGCAGCUAGAGUGGUCUUUGUGGACGAGAGACGUGGAAGAAGAUAUUGUCCCGACAUGCAGGGAACUUGGGAUAGGGAUUGUUUCUUACAGUCCUCUGGGAAGAGGCUUCUUCGCAUCAGGACCAAAGCUUGUUGAGAAGCUGGACAGUGAUGACUACAGAAAGACUCUACCAAGAUUCCAACAGGAAAACUUAGACCACAACAAGAUUCUCUACGACAAGGUUUGUGCAAUGUCUGAGAAGAAAGGAUGCACUCCUGCACAACUAGCCCUCGCGUGGGUUCACCACCAGGGAGAUGAUGUUUGCCCCAUCCCAGGAACCACUAAGAUAGAAAACCUAAAUCAGAACAUCGGGGCUUUAUCAGUGAAACUCACUCCAGAAGAGAUGUCUGAGCUCGAGACCAUCGGACAACCAGAGUCUGUAAAAGGAGAAAGAUACACGGCCAUGGUCCCCACUUUUAAGAACUCAGACACUCCACCGUUGUCUUCUUGGAAAGCCACCGUUUGAGAGCUCCUCUGGUUCUCAAUUUCCAUUACACACCAAUACUAUGUAAGUAAUAAAUAAUAUGUUUAUAAUUCAGAAAAAAAAAUAUAAUAAUAUGUUGUAGUUGUUGUGCUGCAUCUUCGAGAGAGUUCGACCUAUGCAUAGGGGCUUAAAACAAUCUCACAGUGUCUUUGCUUUCAAAAUAAAAUAUGCAUACCAAGAUUAAGUUAUUUCGCUAUGUUUUAUAAUUUAUAACAUUAUUUGAAUAAUAUUUUCGUGAUGUGUUACUGUACUUUGAAGCAUAUCUCAAUCGAAUCCAGUGAAGUUUUGUUCUCUUCCUGCCUCUUGGAACUAUCAAGAUACUUAAAACAGUAAUACCAAUUUAAUUUUCUCAUUAACUAAACCCACGAA